CAUGGUCCUGGUGCACGUCGGAUACCUGGUGCUGCCCGUCUUCGGCUCCGUGCGCAACAGAGGUGCUCCCUUUCAAAGGUCUCAGCAUCCCCAUGCUACCUCCUGCCGGCAUUUCCACCUGGGUCCCCAGCCUCAGCUCUCCGCUGACUUCACCCUGCCUCACACGGUGCAGCCCCAGCCGGGGCUGACCCCUCACAUGGCCCCUGCACACCAGCACAGUGGCCCCCUGCACCAGCCCCUGGCCCCACCCCUGGCCCCAGUGCCACCCCUGCCCUUCCAGGACGUCGCUGGACCCUCCUUCCUACCUCAGGCGCUACACCAGCAAUACCUCCUCCAGCAGCAGCUCCUCGAGGCACAGCACCGCCGGCUCAUGCCCCAUCCCAGGCGGGCUCAAGAGCGCAUGUCUGUCCAGCCUCACCGCCUACACCCCAGCUUCGACUUCAGCCACCAACUGCAGACUCCACAACCCAUGGGGCCCCAGCCCAGGUAUUUAGCAGAAGGCACGGACUGGGACCUCAGUGUCGAUGCGGGACUGACUCACGCCCAGUUCCAGGUCCGUCCCGUCCCUCAGCCAUAUCAGCAUUACUUAGCCACACCUCGGAUGCACCAUUUCCCCAGAAGCACAUCCUCAACGCAGAUGGUUGUUCAUGAAAUCAGAAAUUACCCUUACCCUCAACUUCAGUUGCUUGCUCUUCAGGGACUGAACCCAAGCAGGCACACAUCUGCUGUGCGGGAGAGCUAUGAAGAGCUGCUGCAGCUGGAGGACAGGCUGGGCAGUGUGAGCCGGGGCGCCGUCCAGAACACCAUCGAGAGAUUCACCUUCCCCCACAAGUACAAGAAGAGAAGACCGCAAGAAGGCAAAGCUGAGCAAGAUGAUGGAGAGGAGUCAGACACCGAUGAGAAAUGCACAAUCUGUCUGUCCAUGCUAGAAGACGGAGAAGACGUCAGGCGGUUGCCUUGUAUGCAUCUCUUCCACCAAGUGUGCGUGGACCAGUGGCUGGCCACCAGCAAGAAGUGCCCGAUCUGCAGGGUGGACAUUGAAACACAGCUCGGCUCGGACAGCUGAAAGGACUGGCUGGACACACCAUUUUCCUUACCAGGUCGUAUGGCCAUAGACCCUUGCAGCAAAAUUUUUGCCUUCUGAGCCAUUUGAUUGAGAGGGGAAGUCUGCAGGCACGUUAGUGAGGAGGAGGAGGAGGUGGUGGUACAAUAUCUAGCAGUAGGAGAUAUUGCACAUACGCAGGAUACAGGCCCAGUGAAAGGGAGCUGGCAUUCCCGGAGCUCAGAGACCCCGUGCUGCAGAAGAUUUAGUGUUGAACAUGAAGGAACUAGUUGUGGUAGCCUGGCCUGUCAAUCCUGCACUUCAUGGGGAUUGUAUAUAUACCUCUUGAAUAUGUAGAAACAUGUUAGGGGUCCUUUAGCUAUUUCUAUGGAUGGCAGCUGGAGCAUGUUAGCUUAAGAAAUGUUGUGUUUGAUGCCCUACUCAUCUUGUGGUGGACAUGUUGCUGUUACCUAUUUUGCACCAAAUAUUUUUUCAUAGAUUCCUUAUUUUGGUGCCUGAUUAAUACAUUGCAGAGGGGGAAUAAAGAGGUCAAACUUUCCCACCCUUGGGGUGGGGAAAGAGGAGAAAAAGCAAAAUCCUGUUUACAGUCAGAAGGGUUUGCGCUCUUUGCCUCAGCCGCGUGUGCUUCUUUCCCUUGCAUUUACAGUGUGUUGCAAAUUUAGAGAAGCUUAAAGAAAUAAAAAUUGGGGAUAAAAUGAACGAAGCAAUAGGGAGAAGCUUCGUUCCUGCUUGUCUGCUGGUGCUGGACACUUUCUGUAGGGGCAUAAUAUUGGACUAGAUGCUGUUUCUUUGCUUUCUGUAUCUUUAACAAAGUAGCUUGUCAUAUCAAAAUCCAAGGAAGAUCUGUCUAUUUGAUUGCCAUUGUCUGUGAUGCUUUCUCCUGUGAGCUGCGUGACUGGUUGGCUUCACCAGCUCCAAAAUGAUGGUUACUGGAGUGGGUGCCUACAGCUGUGCUUUGGGGUAUAAUAACGCCAGAGAAGUGCCGAGAGGUGCAAAACAUCGACUCUUCUCCCAUGCAAAGGCAUCUCUGAUAACAGGACAGAAGAAAACUCGAUGCUCUCAAGGCACUGCUGAGACCAUGAGCACUUGGGCGUGGGAGGGAGGUUGGAAGUGGGGUUGCUGUUUUUUGGAGGCUUGCUGCUGGGUUGUGACCUGCCUCAAAGAAUGUGUACCUGCACCCGUGUGAGCUUGUGUACGUGUUUCAGGCUGUAUCCACACGGAGUAAUCAGUGGUUGUUAAAACACAACUUAAUCACAUUAACACUCAAAACAGAAUUAAGAGGCAAUACCUGAAGGAGCGAGCUGUUGUGAUCCACGCUCCCCCUGAAAAAAAAAAAACACCUCAGCAUGCCAACCACAGGGACCGAGUGGAAAACCCUCCGGAAAACCGACAUUCACAACCAAAACAUUCUUUUUCUUUCCUUUUUUUUUUUCUUUUUUUUUUUUAAAUUUCGUACUAGGGGAGUGAAAGAGCUGCGGAGGAGCAGCAGGGGAAUUAGUCAGGAACAUUAUGUAUUGAAAAUUCUGAUGUGGUGGGAAUGAUUUCUGGCUCCCCUGAGCAUCCGUUUCGCUGGAGCCAAGUGAUGCUCUCCAAGUAGAAUCAAUCAUAAACCGCUAUCUGAGAAAUCGGAAGAUUCCCAUGAGCUGUAAUUGGAAAACACCAACCUCAGAGGCACCACAGAGACUUUCUUUUUUCCCAAAGGGAGAGGGGAGAGAAAGAGCGAAUCCCCAUGGAUGUGCAGGUGCAGGAGCCUCUCUCUUCAUGUGUCUGUGUAGGUAGGAGGGAGGGGAGUGGAACACUUGGUGGCCUAUAGGAAAAACAUAAGGAAAAAAUUUUUGGCUAUGAGGGUGAUGAGAAACUGGCACAGGCUGCCCAGAGAAGCUGUGGCUGCCCCAUUACUGGAAACAUUCAAGGUCAUGUUGGACAGUGCUCUGAGCAUCCUGGUCUAGUGGAAGGUGUCCCUGCCCACGUCUGGGAGUUGGAACUGGAUGACCUAUUAAAGUCUCUUCCAACUCAAACUAUUCCAUGAUUUUAUGAUAUAUUUGACACCCAGCACAAGCAACAGCUUCUUGGGGGAUGUGGUGGUCCCAGCCCUGAUGUCCAUGGGUCAAGGAGUGGUCCAUCCUUGGGACUGGCUCCAGCAGCAGCAGAUUGAAGCAUCAUUACAAAUAAUACUAAUAAUACUAUUUUAUACAAGGCUUUGCUGGUAAAAUACACUGUAAGGAGGUCUGGUCUGUCCAGGCGUGAGCUGGAGGUGAAGCUGGGAGAGGAACAGAGUGACUGGGACUCUGGCUGGGUGGGGAGGGGAUGAGGAGUGCUCCUGAACAGCGUAUUUUCUUAAAGCCUGUGAGAAAGUGUUACUAUUUGCCUAAUAAACAAGCACAGUUUUUAAAAAAAAAAAAAGAUCAAGCAAACUAAAAAAGAAAAAAAAAA